CUUGGUAACGCUGUUUUUUGUAGUUACUAAAUGGCUGGAUCUGCUACCUGGAAAGCCUUGUCAGAUCAUCUUUCUGCUGUGAAAGAUGUUGAAAUAAAUAGUCUGUUCAACAGUGAUGCUAGCCGCUAUGAAAAUUUCAACCAACUGGUUGAGUUGCCUGGUCAUGGUUCUUUGUUACUGGAUUAUUCGAAAAAUCGAAUAACGGCUGAAACGAUGAGCCUUUUAUUUAAACUUGCCGGUGAUGCUGAGGUGCCUAAGAUGCGAGAGAAAAUGUUCAGCGGAGAGCCGAUCAAUUUCACUGAGAACAGGAGUGUUUUGCAUGUUGCGUUGCGAAAUAAAUCGGGAAGGCCAAUAUUGUCCGGAGGCGAAAAUGUUAUGCCUCUUGUGAAUGAAGUGUUAAAUAAGAUGAAGGGUUUCGUUGACUCAGUUCGAUCUGGAGAAUGGAAAGGCUACACUGGAAAAAGUAUUACCGACGUUGUUAAUAUUGGAAUCGGAGGAUCUGACUUGGGCCCAGUUAUGGUAACAGAGGCUCUGAAACACUAUGCUGGCAAUUUGAAAUGCCACUUUGUUUCGAAUAUUGAUGGAACCCAUAUGGCGGAAACACUGAAAAGUGUAAACCCGGAGACAGUGCUCUUCAUCAUUGCCUCGAAAACUUUCACGACCCAAGAAACUAUUACGAAUGCUAACUCUGCCAAGGCCUGGUUCUUGUCUGCCGCUGCCGAUCAAAACCACGUUGCUAAGCAUUUCGUAGCUCUGUCAACCAACAAAGAAAAAGUCACUGAGUUUGGAAUUGACGCGAAGAAUAUGUUUGGAUUUUGGGACUGGGUAGGAGGCCGCUACUCCCUAUGGUCUGCGAUUGGAAUGUCAAUUGCUUUGUAUGUUGGGUUUGAACAUUUCGACCAACUUUUACAUGGCGCGCACUUCAUGGACGAACAUUUUUGCAAUGCAAAGUUAGAAGAAAACUUGCCAGUGAUUUUGGCGCUUGUCGGUAUUUGGAAUAACAAUUUCCUGGGAGCUCAAAGUCAAGCGAUUCUUCCGUACGAUCAGUAUCUGUCACGAUUUGCAGCAUACUUCCAGCAGGGUGAUAUGGAAUCUAACGGGAAAUACCGCACCAGGUCAGGAAAAGAAGUCGAGUGGGAAACUGGACCAAUUAUUUGGGGAGAGCCUGGUACCAAUGGUCAGCACGCAUUCUACCAACUCAUUCAUCAAGGAACCAAACUGAUCCCCUGCGACUUUCUGGCACCAGUUCAUACUUUGAAUCCAAUCUCCAACAGAAUCCACCACAAGAUUCUGUUAGCGAACUUCUUGGCUCAAACUGAAGCGCUCAUGAAAGGCAAGUCCCCAGAAGAAGUGAAAGAGGAAAUGAAAAAGGCAGGGACAUCUCCUGAGAGAAUUGAAGAAAUUUUACCUCAUCGGGUAUUCAAAGGAAACAGGCCAACCAACUCAAUUAUCUACGAGAAGCUAGACCCCUUCACCUUGGGAGCUAUGGUUGCGAUGUAUGAGCACAAGAUCUUCGUGCAGGGUGUCAUUUGGGACAUCAACUCUUACGAUCAAUGGGGAGUGGAGUUGGGAAAGCAGUUGGCAAAAGUGAUAGAGAAAGAAUUGGGCGGAACCGAGGAAAUAACUUCACACGAUCAGUCGACGAACGCACUUAUCAACCACAUCAAGAAGCGAGCCAAUUUCGAUUGACAAGUUGACGGAUAUACUACACAUAUGAUAUGCUAGAUUUGAGCGAUGCGUUUGAAACGCUGAUGCUCUUGUCGUACACUUAAUCCAGUAUUUAGUAACAACAAUAUUCUAAUUAUGCACUACAUGAUAUUGUAUGAUGCUUUACACCCUAUAAAGCACGGCUGAAAUAAUUGAUUUCUAAUAUGUUGGUAGAACCUAUAUGCUAACUGACUCUCAUUUUGUAUGCUUAGUUCACUCGAGUUGUUUUGAAACUGAAAUUUAAAGGAACCAUUUUCUACUGAAGUAGAAAAAAUUGAUUCUGAAUUGUAAUUGUAUUGAAAUUAACAAUAUAUUUUUAAACAGCAA